ACACUGAAGCCUCCUGUGGAGACAGAGACCAGCGGAGGACGAAAGACAGCGCAAGAUGAGAAUAUAGCGCAAAACUAAGAUAAAUAUAUUUCACAUCUGAAGAUAGUUUUCUCUUUUUGGGUUCAAGUUUUACUUUAGGAAAACUUUUCAUUAAUAAUGAUUAUACAUACUUAAUAGGUUAGGCAUAAGUCAGUUUUUAUUAUUUUUGUACUAACAGUCAGAGUUUUAAGGAAUUGUUUUCACUUUUGGAAUGGUCUGAUUCAGGACAGUCUGCUGGGAAAACUGUAAGAACGGAGCCUAGAGCAUUUUUUUGUGUCCCGAGUUUCAGCACUCACGCGCUUUGAGGAAUGUUACCAAAACUCCAGUCGUUACCGCGGCUGCUGCCGCUCGCCCUCGCCAGUGUAUUUCUGGUGCAAAGCGGGACCAGUGACAAAGAAGUCAGACCAGAGGCAUGGCUCCAGCAGUAUGGGUAUCUUCCACCUGGCGAUGCUCAGGCUCAAGCAAUCCGCUCUUUUAAAUCCAUCACCACUGCUAUAUCCUCCAUGCAGAAGUUUUAUGGCCUCACUGUCACUGGCACUAUGGAUCCAGCUACUCUCUCGGCCAUGAAGCGGCCAAGAUGCGGAGUUCCAGAUAAAUUUGGCUCUGAACUGAAGAGCAACCUACGAAAGAGGCGCUAUGUCAUCCAGGGCCUUAAAUGGGACAAAAGAGAAAUCACUUUCAGUAUCCAGAACUACACUCCUAAAGUGGGUGAACAUGCCACACAUGAGGCCAUCAGGAAGGCCUUCAAGGUCUGGGAAGCCGUGACGCCACUCAAGUUCCGAGAAAUCCCAUACAGUCAAAUCAAUGGCAAGGUGGACAAGUUUGCAGAUAUCAUGCUUUUCUUCGCGGAAGGCUUUCACGGAGACAGCACCCCAUUUGACGGCGAGGGAGGUUUCCUGGCCCACGCAUAUUUCCCUGGUCCUGGUAUCGGCGGUGACACCCAUUUUGAUGCAGCAGAGCCUUGGACAACAGGCAACGUUGACCAGGGAGGUAAUGAUGUGUUCCUGGUGGCAGUGCAUGAAUUAGGUCAUGCUCUUGGUUUGGAGCACUCAGGCAAUCCCUCUGCUAUCAUGGCUCCGUUUUACCAGUGGAUGGACACUGAGAACUUUGUGCUGCCUGAUGAUGACAGACUGGGGAUCCAGCAAAUAUAUGGUGCUGACUCCAGUGAGGUGCCCCGACCCCCAGCACCCCGGCCCCCCACUCGCAGGCCAGACCGGCCUUCCUUUGGCCCUGACAUAUGUGAGGGACACUUCGACACCAUCACUUUUCUCAGGGGAGAGAUGUUCGUCUUCAAGGAAAAGUGGUUCUGGAGAGUGCGUGAUGGUAAACCUCUGCAGGGCUAUCCCAUGCCCAUUGGACACUUCUGGAAGGGACUGCCUCCCUCUAUCAAUGCGGCCUAUGAACGAUCUGAUGGAAAGUUUGUUUUCUUCAAAGGUGACAAGUACUGGGUUUUCAAUGAGGCCAAAAUGGAGGAAGGUUAUCCAAAAACUUUCAAGGAGCUUGGCACAGGCUUACCAAGAGACAAGCUGGACGCCGCUGUUUUCUACACACCCACCGGAAGCACCUACUUCUUCAGAGGAACCCAGUAUUACCGGUUCAAUGAGAAAAGCAGAUCUGUGGAUCCAGAUUACCCCAAACUCAUCAGUGUAUGGCAAGGAGUACCAGAUAAUAUCAAAGGGGCCUUCAUGAGCGAAGAUGGAGCCCACACUUACUUCUACAAAGCCAAUAAGUACUGGAAGUUUAACAACCAGCAGCUGAAGGUGGAGCCAGGCUACCCCAAAUCAGUCCUGACUGACUGGAUGGGCUGUGAAGAAGAGGAGCCCAAGAGGAGGAUUGGCACAGAUGAGGAAGUGCUCAUCAUUGAGGUGGACGAGUCAGAGGGUGGAGUCUUGGGAGGAGCUGCAACCAUUGUCAUCCCUCUCUUUCUUUUGGCCUGUGUGCUUGUCACUUUGGGGGCUCUGCUGUUCUUCCGGCGCUAUGGCACUCCUCGACGUCUCCUCUACUGUCAGCGCUCUCUGCUUGAUAAAGUUUAGAGAUGAACCCGAAAGACAUGGGAAGAGACAAGAAAGAGGGAUACAAGUAGAUGGCAUUCGGAAUGGAUGGAGUGAAUAUGAAUGUCAGACAGUAAAGAUUGGUUUACAGGUCUGCAAGCAGGGAGAGAUGAAAAAGUGAAGGAUGUGUAUUGUAUGUUUUUUUCUAUUUACUUGUACUUCUCUGCCAUUAAUAAAAAAAUCCAAAAUGGAGUGGGAGAUAAGCGAGACAGACACAAGCCCCCCUCCAUCUCUUAAAUGGUUACAGUUUAUCAGUGAAAUGCACUUUCGUUCCUUCAGUCUUCUUUUCAGUAUAUAAUCCCUCCUUUA